CUUCUCUCCAGGCAAACCAGCCAAACAAGCUUAUAACUACUCCGUACGGAGUAGUUAGUUAACGAAGUGAAAAAUAACUACGUCACCGCCAGCCACAGCCUGAGCCCUUGCAACUCGGCGGCAACCUCCGCCUUUUGUCUGCUGUAGGGACAUGAAAAGCUCCUACUCCCAACAAUAAACGACAAUUUGCACAUAUCAUACACUUAACUCAUAUACCUAUACCAUCGACAAUGCCUCCGCCGAUUCUCCCUACAUCAAAUAUGACCAUACAUCCCUCCCCUCUCACCCUACUUUCCUUCCAUCCGUUUGGCACUGCCAUAUCUAGCCCGUUACCAGCAACCCUCACCCGCGCACCCCCUGCUUCUUCUCUCUCCUCUCUCCCCGAUGCUGAUCCAAAUCCAUCCAAUACCCCUACUCCAAUCCUCGCCAACCAAUCUACCGCAUUGAAAUACAGCCCGAUCUCCGUAUUCCAGAAUAAUUACGACCAAUGUACAAGCGCUGAGGGCCAGGGGAAGAGGAGCAACGGGGAGCCGCGCAUGAGUAUGUUCUCGUGUUUCCCGCGGGCAUUGAGGAGAGGAGGGGGCCGGGGACGAAAGCCUGCCGGUGGACUCUUCGAUGUAAGGAUUCUGGAGCGACAUCCGUUUACUACGCAGACGUUUAUUCCGCUGGGCGUACCAUCUGGGGUGGACAGAAAACGGCCCGAUAAUGAGAACAAUGCUUUAUCUACGGGAGCGCGCAAUAAGAACGACGGUGGCGGCAAUGACAAUCCCGUGCCCAGUUACCUCAUCAUCGUCGCACCGUCACUACACGGGCAGACGGCGCAAGCUACGGUUGUCAAUGCUCAGGGUGGCAAGGAGCAGGUUCUCAUUCGCGACCCGCCGGAUCUACGGAAUAUGAAAGCGUUCAUUGCGCAUGGUGGUCAAGCGGUGACGUAUGGGGCUGCCACUUGGCAUGCGCCAAUGGUAGUGGUGGGGAGACGUCGGGUGGACUUCGUAGUGGUGCAGUUUGCGAAUGGGGUUGCGGAGGAUGAUUGUCAGGAGGUUGCGUUUGAUGAGGGGAUUGUUGUUGAUGUAGAUGUGGAUGUGGAUAUAAGGGAGAUGGAGGAGUAUGAGGAUGAGGUGGCUAAGUUAUGAGCGGAAAUUUCAGUAUAUGUACACUUCGUUAAUUUUCGGCUCGUGGGGAAUCAAAUUGCUAAUAUGAUUGAGUAUUUUCACGAGGGGGAAUCAGAUGAUUAAAAGGCAUAUUAUGAUCUGAGAUAAAAAAAAAUGGUAUAAUAAAACAUCAGGAGCCGCCCCGAGUAGCUCUGUCAGGAGAAGAGACCGCCUCAUUAGGUUCAAAACUUCUGCCAUGUGAUAGCUUGCACAACACAUCCUUUGCAACGGCAAUGGCACUCUCUGGGAGACCCGCUAGCCGUGCGACCUUUAGAGCAUGAGACUCUCGAUUCACACCCCUUCUCAGUCUGUGGACAAAUGAAAAAGACCCCGAAGGGUCCUCAUUUAUGUCCGUGCAGUAUCGACCCAAAUGCUCAAAUUGAGCGGUCAUGUCCGCCAGCACAUGGAAGUGGGUAGCGAAUAGAGUACGGCAUUGAGUGACGUUAUGGAGGUGGUGUAGACAAGCAAACCCCACGGCUGUUCCAUCCUCAGGCGUUGUCCCUCGCCCAACUUCAUCCAUAAUCACAAAGGAGCGUGAUGUAGAGUUUUUCAAAAUCGUCGCUGCUUCCAGCAUCUCCACCAUAAAUGUUGACUGGUCCCGGAAGAGAUCAUCUGCAGCACCAAUGCGGCUGAAUAUCUGGUCCACAAUACCGAUCUCUGCAUGCUCCGCCGGUACGAAAGAUCCAACCUGUGCAAGGAUGGUAAUCAGAGCAUUUUGGCGCAAAAAUGUGCUUUUUCCACCCAUAUUCGGCCCCGUUAUGAGCCAUAUCCGUUCCUGUUCCCCGAUAAAACAGUCAUUGCUAACGAAGGGACGCCCUUGUUCUUCCAGCCCAAGUUUAACUGUCGGAUGUCUCCCGCCUACUAUUUUGUGACUUCUGCUAUUGUUGACUACAGGACGAACCAUCUGCUGUUCUUCAGCAAGGCUGGCGAACGAACACGCAACAUCGAGUUCAUCCAAGACAGCAGCAUUUCGGCGUAACUUCACAAGAUUCAAAAUCACCGCUUCGCGUAACUCUUCGAAGAUGCGCUGCUCCUCGGACAGUAUGUGGAACUUUGCAUCGUCAAUUCUGCUUCCCAAUUGUGACCAGGAACUUAGAUAAAAGGAGCGUGUUGAUUUUGAUGAAGAGACUGUUCGCGUUGCUCCCAACGCUUCAACUGACUGUUGCGAUGCUUUUACUCCCUUCAUGUGAACAAUGUGGCCAAGCCCAGGUGUCCACUUGAGACUUAAAUUCUCAGUCCCAGCGGUCUCUCGCAACGUCUUUGUUAGUUCGGACUUGUCCGCUAGAAGGAGAUCAAGAGCAUCAUGUAGCUUUUGCAAAUUCUUAGUUGCCCCCCGGCGCAUGAUCCAUGUGGUCCGAUCUGCCUGCUCAGUGCCGUUCGAAUCCUUUUGCCUACCGGCUCGUUGGGUUCUGACCGGCUUAGGCAUGGCUUCUAGGUCUUCUGACGACCCUUCAUUUAAAAUCACUUCCUGAGCGAGAGCCGCAGCGUCUGCAGCGGCAUCGUCUUCGAUUCUUUGCUUUUGGAGAAGGCCCUCUUCGUCUAUCGCCGCCAGUAUCCUCUGUGAAAGAGUUUCGGGGCCAUCGAGAUUUAAACGGUCCAGCAUGGAGCGUAAACUGCUAGUCAGAUCAGAAGGCUUAUUAGCAUACUGAUUGAUAUGCCGGAGUAAAACUGAUUUUAUUUCCUGCGACGCUUGGAUUGCUUUUGACAGGCAAAGUAGGUCGUCCGGAUCCCCUCGGCCUAAUGAGAACUUUUGAACUAGUCGUUGAGCAUCGAAACUACGUUUAAGGAGGAGUAUGAUGUUUUGGCGUAGAUCUUCAUCCUCAAGGAACUUGGAUACUAAAUCAAGUCGCUCAUUGAUAACGUGUAAUGAAGCGGAAGGUGAAGCUGGAGAGCAGUGUUAGCCUAUCGUGAUCCCGAAUGCAAGCACGAGGAACCAAAAAUAAAAAUAAAAUAGACAGUAAAUCCGUACUCAGCCGGUCCCUGAG